GCCCGUUCCUUGCACUCGCUGGAAAGCGGCUCUGAGUCCGCGGUGACUGCAAAGCCAGGGCACGCAGCAGGGCUGAAAGGGCAGAGCCCUGCAGAGUGAGCAACACAGCGGCAAAGGCGGAGGCCGGAGAGGGGCGCCGGGCACCGAUCCCCGCCUGCGCCCGCCGCACGGUGCCUCCAACUCUGCGCUGGAAGAAAAACUUCCCGCGAUCCGGCAGAGCUGCGGCGCCUCCUCCCGUUACUCCAGGAGCCCCGGCUGCAGCCGGCUCCGCGCGCAAUUUCAAAGAAUAAUAGUAACUGUUUAACAAUCCAGAGCGAGGCCAGCGAGGCGUUGCUCUCCUGGUCUGAACAAUAGCCCCCUCGCUCGGUGCGCUGCAGCGCUCGGUGUCUCCCGGGGCUCAAAUACUGAGAGCGGCCCACACGGGGUUCCGAAGGCGCGCGCCAGGCGGCGACAUGUGGAACUCCGAGCCGGCGAGGCGGCUCCGGAGCUCGCAGCCUGCACCCAUGUUGCUGCUGCUUGCAGCAGCUGCGGCUCUGCUGGCCAUGCCAGGAGCGCUCGGGCGCCCCGCCGAGGAGGACGAGGAGUUGGUGCUACCCGCGCUGGAGCACGCCGCGGAACACGAGACCACGCGCCUUAGCCUGGAUGCCUUUGGUCAGAGGCUGCGCUUGGAGCUGCAGCCGGACCGCGGCUUCCUGGCGCCCGGCUUCACACUCCAGACCGUGGGGCGCAGACCCGGGCCCGAGGCGCUGUAUUCGGAGCCCGUCGGCGACCUGGGGCACUGCUUCUACUCCGGCACAGUGAACGGCGACCCGGGCUCGGCCGCCGCCCUCAGUCUCUGCGAGGGCGUGCGCGGCGCCUUCUACCUGCAGGGCGAGGAGUUCUUCAUCCAGCCUGCACCCGCCGCCGCCACUGUGCGCCUGGCCCCGGUGGCCGCCGGGGAGGAGCCUCCUCAGCGCCCGCAGUUCCAUCUCCUGCGGCGGAGACGGCGGGGCGGCGGCGGAGGCGCCAAGUGCGCGACCGUGGACGACGAAACCCUGCCCCCGAGGGGUGAAGGACCCGAGGGCGAGGACGCCGGGGCUCAGUGGCCGCAGCAAGACUGGGAGCCGCAGCGCGCCGGACAGCCAACAGGAGCUGGAAGCCUAAGAAAGAAGCGUUUUGUGUCCAGCCCCCGCUAUGUGGAAACCAUGCUUGUGGCCGACCAGUCAAUGGCAGAGUUCCAUGGCAGUGGCCUGAAACACUACCUUCUCACCUUGUUCUCGGUGGCCUCCCGGUUGUACAAACACCCCAGCAUUCGGAAUUCAAUCAGCCUGGUGGUGGUGAAGAUCCUGGUCAUCUAUGAGGAACAGAAGGGACCAGAAGUGACCUCUAAUGCUGCGCUCACGCUGCGAAACUUCUGCAGUUGGCAAAAGCAGCACAACCCACCCAGUGACCGAGAUGCCGAGCACUAUGACACAGCGAUUCUCUUCACCAGACAGGACCUGUGUGGCGCUCACACGUGUGAUACUCUGGGGAUGGCCGAUGUUGGAACGAUGUGUGAUCCCAGCAGAAGCUGCUCGGUCAUAGAAGAUGAUGGUCUACAAGCUGCCUUCACCACAGCCCAUGAAUUAGGCCACGUGUUUAACAUGCCGCAUGAUGACGCGAAGCAGUGUGCCGGCAUUAACGGGGUGAACCGAGAUUCCCACAUGAUGGCCUCGAUGCUCUCCAGCCUGGACCGCAGUCAGCCUUGGUCUCCCUGCAGCGCCUACAUGAUUACGUCAUUUCUGGAUAAUGGUCACGGGGAAUGUUUGAUGGACAAACCCCAGAGUCCCAUACAGCUACCCUCCGAUUUCCCGGGGACCUUGUACGAUGCCAACCGGCAGUGCCAGUUUACGUUUGGGGAAGAGUCCAAGCACUGCCCCGACACGGCCAGCACGUGCACGACCCUCUGGUGCACUGGCACCUCCGGCGGCCUGCUGGUGUGCCAAACCAAGCACUUCCCAUGGGCAGAUGGGACCAGCUGUGGAGAUGGGAAGUGGUGUGUCGGUGGCCAGUGUGUGAACAAGACCGACAGGAAGCAUUUUGAUACUCCUGUUCAUGGAAGCUGGGGGCCGUGGGGGCCCUGGGGAGACUGUUCCCGAACGUGUGGUGGAGGAGUUCAGUAUACGAUGAGGGAGUGCGACAACCCAGUCCCGAAGAACGGAGGCAAGUACUGCGAAGGCAAAAGAGUGCGCUACCGGUCCUGUAACAUCGAGGACUGCCCAGACAAUAAUGGAAAAACCUUCAGAGAGGAACAAUGUGAGGCACACAAUGACUUUUCAAAAACUUCCUUUGGGAGCGGGCCUGCGGUGGAGUGGACGCCCAAGUACGCUGGCGUUUCCCCAAAGGACAGGUGCAAGCUUAUCUGUCAAGCCAAAGGCAUCGGCUAUUUCUUUGUCUUGCAGCCCAAGGUCGUGGAUGGUACUCCAUGUAGCCCAGAUUCCACCUCUGUCUGUGUGCAAGGCCAAUGUGUAAAAGCUGGCUGCGACCGUAUCAUAGACUCCAAAAAGAAAUUCGAUAAAUGUGGUAUUUGUGGAGGAAAUGGAUCUACAUGUAAGAAAAUAUCAGGAUCAGUUACUAGGGCAAAACCUGGAUAUCAUGACAUUGUCACCAUUCCAGCUGGAGCCACAAACAUUGAAGUGAAACAGCGGAAUCAGAGGGCAUCCAGAAAUAACGGAAGCUUCCUUGCCAUCAAAGCUGCCGAUGGCACAUACAUCCUUAACGGUGACUUCACCUUGUCCACUUUAGAGCAGGACAUCACAUACAAAGGUAGCGUCUUGAGGUACAGUGGCUCCUCUGCAGUGCUGGAAAGAAUUCUCAGCUUUAGCCCGCUCAAAGAGCCCUUAACUAUCCAGGUCCUUACAGUGGGUAAUGCCCUUCGACCUAAAAUUAAAUACACAUAUUUCGUGAAGAAGAAGAAGGAAUCUUUCAAUGCUAUCCCGACCUUCUCAGAAUGGGUCAUUGAAGAGUGGGGUGAGUGUUCCAAGUCAUGUGGAUCCGGGUGGCAGCGGAGACUGGUGGAAUGCAGAGACCUUAAUGGGCAGCCCGCUUCAGAGUGUGCCAAGGAAGUGAAGCCAGCCAGCACCAGGCCCUGUGCCAACGUGCCCUGUCCCCACUGGCAGCUGGGGGAGUGGUCGCCAUGUUCAAAGACUUGUGGGAAGGGUUACAAAAAGAGAACCUUGAAGUGUCUGUCCCAUGAUGGGGGGGUGCUGGCCCAUGAGAGCUGCGACCCUUUAAAGAAACCUAAGCAUUACAUAGACUUUUGCACGAUGGCGGAAUGCAGUUAAGCAGGGUCAGGGAUGAGGGAGAAGCAAAGUGCAGAAGGGCUGAUGCACUGAAAUCAAGAAGCCUGGAGGGACUCAACAUCCCUUCCAGGUCAUCCACGAGGAGUCAGUGAGAUGGGAGCUUGGAAGUAGUUGGAAGAGAGAUGAGAUCGUGUGAAUGUCCUGCCACUUACAAAUCUGAUAGGAUAGUGAAUGAGGGUUAUUAGAAGACGAUAAAGCCAUGGGGCAUUAUGAUUAUUUCUUUUGUUGCAUCAAUUAGAGGUUUAAAAGAAAAGAUUGCCAAAAUCAAUUUAAGAAAGAGUACAACCCCUACUUCCUGGUACUAUUUAAAUCCUUUGUAUCGCGGGGCUUGGCAAAGGAAAGGCGGGAGAAAGAUGAAAUUUUGAGUUUCAAACAUGGUUUCACUUUACUUCUUUAACCAUGGGGGAAGAGUGGAGAAUAGGUCGAAUCUUUGACCAGCCUUGUUUAUGGCUGCUAUGGCUUCAGAGAAUAUUUACUCCAUAUUUCCUACCAAGAGUUAAGAGUUCAGAUGGUCCAGCCUGAGAUACGCUCAGCCAAUGGAGAUAAGGCUCCGGCGGCCUCGUCUUUACGUUUUUGUAUCAUCUUCACCUUUCCUUGUGUAAUUAAUCUCGAUGAAGAAGUAAUGACAUGUAGUUUGUAAGGAUACAUUAAGUACACGGGGGCAGAAAGGAAGCAGCCAUGUCUCAGGUGCUGGUGCAAACUAGAGCCACGGUGCGGUUGGUACUGCCUGCCUUUCUUCCUCCUUCUGCAGGCAGGCAGGCUUUAGGAGUGUGUGUGUGAAGAAAUCAGACGUCUCCCGAAAGUCAGAUCACACAGAAUGCGAUGCCAGCACGAGAAUGGGGUGUGUGGAGCGGGUCCCGCUUGUAUGGGGACAUUGAGAUCACUUGUCUCACUAUGUGGAGGCUACUGAGGGGUAGCAGGUCCAUCCCCAGCAGCUGUUCCAACAGUCAUAUCCUGGUGAAUGUCUGUCCAGCUCUUCGACUAUGAUAGAGAAUAUGUCUUUUUCCAUAUGUAUAUAGUAAAAUAUGUUGCUAUAAAUUGUAUGUACUUUAUAAGUAUUGAUUUGUGUGUUCCUUCUAAGAAGGACUAUAGUUUGUAAUAAAUGCCUAUAUGAACGUAUUUAUUUUUAUACUUUCUUUAUAAUGAUAAAUCUUUAAGUUAUACCUCUUUUGUAAAAGGACAUAUAAAAUAGAGUAUUUAUACAAUAUAUGUUACUAGAAAUAAUAAAAGAACACUUUUUGAAA